UCACCGCCGUCGCCACCGCCCGCAUCGCCGCCAACCGGGGACGGGGAGCCGGGGCCGGCGCCUCCGCCCCUGACUACGUAGGGGGGGCGCAUGCGCACGGGUAACGGAGCCGCGGUCGCGCGUCCGCCGCCUCGGCCAUGCCGCUGCCUCGGCACGGCAGCGGCCACACCAGCUGUCCGUCGUGCGCAGCGCCCGCGUCCUCCGCCCCGCGCGCGCGACCCGGAGCCGAAGCCACCGCCGUGCCCGCGCAGCCAAGGCCCGGGGUGACCUCGUCGUCGCCACCGUCGCCGCUGUCGCCAGGACCUCCUGCCGGACCUCCCCGAGGCGGCCCAAGUGCGCGCGCCAUGGACGACGAGGGGGGCCCCCGAGGGAGCCGCUGUCUCUUACCCGGGGAAAGGAUACUCGUGACCGUCGAGUCCGCGCUGCCCGACAUCCUCGUCGUCAGCUACGAGCACGGAGCCAAGUCCUUCCAGGGCGCGCUGCUCGACGCGACCAAGAGGGGCCUUCCAUGCGGGGUGCAACCGCCUGAGCCGAUAAAAGGCCCGGACGGCGACAAGCUCGCAAGCAUCGCCGCUCGAUUCAGCUACUUCCAGGAGAAGAGGCAUACGACACUGGCCAAGAGCGACCAGCGACGCAGCGUCAAUCCGCCGGCGAGAAGCAAAAGUACGCGACCGACGGUGCGAUUAAGGCCACGGCAGGUCCUGUGCAGCAAAUGUCGUUCGAUAUGUAACGAAAACAGCGAGAAUGUCGGCCGCAAGCGCAAACCCGAGGAGCAAAGCCACGCGGAUCUACCCACGAGGCGAAGCGAUCGCCGAUGCGGCUCUCAGCAACAGCAACAGCAGCAGCAUCAGCAGCAGCAACAACAACAUCAGCAGAGGUUAUUAAACGUCGGCGACCAGUCGGACGAGAGUUCCUCCUCAAAGACGACUUCUUCGAGCCAGUCCGAUCAGCCGGCGACAGCCAAGUUCAGUUCCACUCUCAUACCCAAGAUCUCGAGGCUGAGGCCCACUGAGAUCGACAGUGCCAUUCAGAGUGCAGGCUCGGUGAAGUCGUGUAUCCAGCUGGCGGAGCAGGUACGCAGCGUGUACUGGAACGGCCGGGACGAGGAGGACCUGGGUGAGGCCGAGGAGGAGAUGGAGAACAGGCCGAUGAACGCGCUGUCGCGAGCCGAGCCGAUGGAGCUCGAUAGUAACCCGACCCAGGCGUACUGCGCCACCCCCAGGCGACUCAGCAGCUCCUCCGUCGAGAGCGCCAAGGUUCCGCCCGACGAGGAGGACAAGAAGACCUUGGCCGCGGCGGACUCCACCGUCAAAGGUGGCCGGACGGUUCGCGUGGCCCGCAAGAAGCGCUCGAUUGGGCUUAUGGAGGAUCUGUGGGACGAGUCGGUGUUCGAGGAUCCAGCGAGAACGACGACGGCCACGAGGACGACACCCGUCAUCAAGAUAUCGUUCGGAGCCCAGGGCGAGGGCACCGUACUCAAGAUACCGUCGAAGAUACAGAAUCCGUAUUUGAGCCGGGACAUGGACACGGAUACGGAGGAAACGCAGACGGAACUCGACCGGGAUCCCCUGGAGCUGCCCAACAAGAGGCACGAGGCCGGCGGCUUCGGGUCCUACCAUCGGCGCCAGUGCGACCCAGAGGAGGACGGGCAGGAGCAGGUCGAUCCCCAGAGGCACGGCCAUCUGAUCAAGGAUUGCGAGACGGCGAGCGCCAAGGCUGCCAAGAAAGCCCUUAAGAAGGCCAAGAAGAAGGCGCUGAGGAAGAUGUACGGGGCGACAUCGCCGGCGAGGUCCCCCUGCAACGGUUCGCCCAGGUACAACUCCAACUUCGACAAGAUGCUCUAUCACCGUCGCAAGCACAAAGUUAAACACAAGAAGAAGCACAAGGAGGAGCGCAAGCACAAGAGCCAGGCCCAGAGCGUGGAGCAGCCGGACUGCUCGACCGCGGACUCUGGUCAGGUCGCCGUGGAGGCGGGUCGAGAGCUGGACGACAGCUCCGCGUACACGGCUAUAAAGGAGCAGUGCCUCAAGCAGAAGCUCUCCAUAUCCCUAAAGAGACUGAAUACUAACGCUUACACGGCGCGCUGUGAUCGACAGCAGGGCUACCCGGUGAGCAAUGCCUCCUCGGGCUGCAAGAGCUGUGGUGCGACGAGCGACGAAGAGGACGAAGAGUGCGAGCACGAGACCGGGGUAGAAGUCGCCGUCGAGAUCGCUCCGGAUUUUCCGCCCCCGGAGCAUCCGCUCGUCAUGAGGUUGUCGGCGGCCGCGACGACCGUCGGCCACUGUCUCACCUCCAACGGCCGCAGGAUGGACGUUGGCGACGUCGUCUGGGGCAAGGUCCACGGCUUCCCCUGGUGGCCAGGCAAGGUAUUAAGCAUAACAAAUUCCACUAAGGAAGACGGCACGCAGUCGGGGCCCCAGGCACACGUCGCCUGGUACGGCUCCUCGACCAGCUCACUCAUGUCCUGCGAUCAACUGAGUCCAUUCCUCGAAACAUUCAAGACGCGUUACAACAAGAAGAAAAAGGGCCCGUACAAGGAGGCGAUCCGCCAAGCGCAGAGCGAAGCACGCAGUCAGGUCGCCCCCAAUUCGACGGGCAACGUCCUCGACGUCUGCGGCUCGCCUCGUGAAGUCAACGUUCUCUCUUAAGCGGACAAGCGGAGGAGCGAGAAGAAUAAGAAUAAGGACAAAGUCGCAUCGUAUCGAUGCCGCGAGCGGUAGUAAAGACAUUUCGGAAUUGCGUAAUAAUGUUAAUGCAUAGAGGUACUUGCAACGUGUAUAUAUCGGCGAGAUUAUGUUACAGUUUGCGCUACAAAAUCGGGCCUCUCUCGGUGCAUAGGA